AUGGAUUGUUUCGAGCGCAAAACUAUCGUUGAUAACAACAAGCUUUGCGUCAAUUGUCUUAGUUCUACACAUUUGAUUUCUACAUGCCCAAGUAAUCGGAACUGCCAACAAUGUGGUAAACGACACCACACAUUAUUGCAUUUUCCUCCACCCAUAAACAAUUCAUCAUCAUUUGCCCGCGAAGCGGCGACAUCGCCUACGUCCUUAUCAACUAAUCGUACCAUCAGUGCUAAUCGCAUUCGCUCGAAAAUUGUCCCAUUACUGUCGAACGUAACCAAGUUCACUUCGAAAACCAAUGUACUUUUACCCACAGCGGUAGUCAAAGUUAAGUGUGCUGACAGCUCUGUCAUUUUAUUGCGUACCUUCAUCGAUCAAGGCUCCUCCGGAGCUCUAGUUAGCGAGCGUGCUGCCCAAACACUUAAGUUGAGACGCUGGCCUAUCAGAACUGAUAUCAAACUAACAAAUGGUCAAUGCACAUCGGGAAAAUUCAUCACUCAAUUUUCAAUUCAGUCGCGAAUCGAUGAAAAUUUCCAACUCGACGUGAUAGCUUCAAUCGUUAAAAAUGUUACCGAAGAUUUACCAGUCAAAACUAUCAACUAUCAUGAUUGGCCUCACUUACGUGAUCUUGAAUUGCCUGAUCCCGAAUUUUAUCGAUCAGCACCUAUCGAUUUACUUAUCGGAUCAGACCUAUUUUCGGAUUUAAUCAUGGAGGGUCUACGAAAGGGUCAAAGCGAUGAACCCAUUGCACAACAAAUAGCUUUCGGCUGGAUUGUAUCGGGUAAAGCAAUAUCAAUUUCAAAACCGGAAACAUCAGACAUCAUAACAAAUUGUUCUCACAUUUCAUUGAAAAAUUUGGAUGCGUUUGUUAAGCAGUUUUACGCUCUUGAAAGUAUUCCAAUGGAGGAACAAUAUACACCUGAGGAGAUAUGGUGUCAAAACUACUACCAAAACACUACAGUUCGUAAGCCAAAUGGCAAAUAUUUAGUACGUCUGCCAUUGAAAACGCGUUUUGAUCCUAAUUUGGCGUUAGGAAAGACACGCCAAGCAGCACUUAAUCGUUUUUAUUCACUUGAGCGUAAAUUCAACAACAAUCCCAACAUCCGAGAUCAAUACAAUGCAACAAUUAAAGAGUAUUUCGAUCUCAAUCAAAUUAAGCAUGUCACAACUACCGAAGAACAAUAUUUGCAGUUCCACAACUAUCAACCAUCGUAUUCAUGUUGCACAUUGCCUCAUCAUGACGUGAUUAAGGAAGAUAGCCUGACAACAAAGUGUCGCGUUGUUUAUGAUGCUUCAGCCAAAUCUUCCAAUGGUAAAUCAUUAAAUAACAUUCUUUACACUGGUCCACGACUCCUAAACGAUUUGCUAGCAGUUUUAUUGAACUGGCGUCUACAUGUUUACGUCAUCACUGCGGACAUCGAAAAAAAGUUCUGUUGUAUCGAUAUGCAUGAAGAAGAUUCUGAAUACCAACGAAUUAUUUGGCGCAACCCAGAUGGUCAAAUUACAGAAUAUAAACUUACAACGGUAACAUUCGGCACCGCGUCAGCACCAUACUUGGCAAACGAAACUAUACAUCGGUUAGCGCGCGAUGAACGUCAGCGUUAUCCGUUGGCCGAACCAGUGUUAAUGAGAGAGACUUACGUCGAUGAUGUUUACACAAGAAAUGAAACUGUGGAACAAACUAUUGAAAUUCGGAAUCAAACACAAGCAGCCUUAGCUUCAGCCGGCAUGAAACUUCACAAGUGGGCUAGCAAUUCGACGGAAUUACUCAAAUUAAUUCCCCCAGACCAACAUUGUAGUUCGACUGCUCUCGAGUUAAACAGUGAUGAAACAAUGAAAACAUUAGGCAUGCGUUGGCAGCCAAAUAGCGACAGUUUUCGUUAUAAGCUCAAUUUUGAUAUCAGUGUCAACCAUAAAUCCGUUACAAAUCGUACCGUGCUUCCGGCAAUAUCGAGACUAUUUGAUCCUUUAGGCUUGAUUAAUCCCGUUAUCGUCAAUGUGAAGAUAUUUCUGAAACAUUUGUGGUAG